AAAAGCAAAAUAGUUGAGUUGAACUGGAAAAAAAAUAGACAACGGGCUUCCCAUGAUGAACCACUCAUUCUCACCUUCCGCCACCCAGACCCAGCCACGGCCUCCGCUAUCCAUAAACCACGCCCACCUCGCCGCCCUCCUCCAACUCUGCCAAACCCCCCGCGAGCUGAACCAAAUCCACGCCGCCUCCAUCAAAACCGGCCUCUUCCCCCACUCUCCCGCCUUCUCCUCCCGCCUCCUCGCCCUCCACUCCCGCCCCGUCCUCGCCACCCUCGACGAAGCCCGCUCCGUCCUCGCCCGAAUCCCCCACCCCACCGCUUUCUCCUGGAACGCCCUCAUCAAGCGCUGCGUCGAAGAACACCACUCCCACACCGCCCUUGCCCUCUUCUCCUACAUGCUUCGCCGGUCCUCCGCCGCCCCCGACAACUUCACCCUCCCCUGCGUGAUCAAAGGGUGCGCUCGGUUGAAUGCCGUCCAAGAAGGGAAGCAGAUCCAUGGGUUGAUUCUGAAGCUGGGUUUCGGCCCGGAUGGCUUCGUUCAAAGUAGUUUGGUCAGCUUCUACUGUAAAUGUGGCGACUUGGUCUCUGCCAGGGAGGUGUUCGAUAGAAUUUCGUGUAGAGAUUUGGUUACUUGGAAUUCGAUGGUUGACGGGUACGCGAGGAAUGGCCAGAUUGAGGUGGCGAGGGGGUUGUUUGAUGAAAUGCCGGAAAGGGAUUUGUUCUCAUGGGCAUCAUUGAUCAAUGGGUACUCGAAAUGCGGGGAAACUACAAUUGCUCGAGAGAUUUUUGAACAGAUGCCCGAGAAGAAUGUGGUCUCUUGCAAUGCGAUGAUUGAUGGGUACAUGAAAAAUGGGGACUUUGAAUCUGCUAGAGAGUUGUUUGAUCGGAUGCCCGUGAAGAAUGUCAUCACUUGGAACACGAUGAUCACAGGGCUUGAUAAGAAUGGGCGUUUUAAAGAAGCUCUUUCUGUUUAUGAGAGGAUGCUUGCAGCAGGACUUGUUCCGAAUAUGGUGACAUUGGUUAGCGUCCUUUCAGCUGUCUCUGGGUUAGCUCUGCUCGAAAGGGGCCGGUCAGUUCAUAGUUACAUUAGGCAGAAUGGAUUUAGGGUAGAUGGUGUUCUUGGAACUUGUCUUAUAGAUAUGUAUUCGAAGUGUGGCAGCAUUGAGAGUGCUCUCUCCGUUUUCGAGGAGAUUCACAGAAGGAAGUUGGGGCAUUGGACUGCGAUGAUCAUGGGCUUAGGAAUGCAUGGUAUGGCUAAUGAUGCUAUACAGUUAUUCAUGGAGAUGCAGAGAGUUGGAAUAAGACCCCAUUCUAUAGCAUUUGUUGGAGUGCUGAGUGCCUGUAGUCAUGCGGGAAUGGUGGAUGAGGGGCGUCAGUAUUUUGAUCUCAUGAGCAAGGAAUAUGGUAUAAAGCCAACAGUCGAACACUAUGGUUCUCUGGUGGACCUCCUCUGUCGAGUUGGGCGUCUAAAAGAGGCGAGAGAUGUGAUAGACCGGAUGCCCAUGAGACCAAACGAGAUAAUUUGGAUGAGUUUACUUAGCGGAUGCAGGAAAUAUGGAAAAGUUGAGCUUGGUGAAUUUGCUGCUAAGCGUGCGAUUGAACUGGCACCUGAGGCUUCUGGGUGCUAUGUCCUUCUCUCCAACAUAUAUGCUUCUGCUGGCCUCUGGGACAGUGUCUCGAAGAUGAGGGGUCUGAUGAAGGAAAGAGGAGUUAGAAAGGAUCCAGGUUCUAGCAUGGUAGAACAUGGAGGUGUGGUUCAUGAAUUUGCUGUGGGGGAUACUUCUCACCCCCAGACUGAAGCAAUCUAUAAUAAACUGAAUGAGAUGGGUAAAAGAUUGAAAUGUGCAGGAUACAUUCCUGACACCUCACAAGUUCUGUUGUGUAUAGAAGAGAGAGAUAAAGAAGCAGAGUUGGCUCUCCAUAGUGAGAGAUUGGCAAUUGCUUUUGGUCUUAUAAAUGCGGAACAAGGGUCGCCGAUCCGAGUUGUCAAAAACUUGCGAGUUUGUAAUGAUUGCCAUAAUGUGACAAAGCUACUUUCGGGUUUUUAUGAACGUGAAAUAAUUGUUAGGGACAAUAGCCGCUUCCACCAUUUCAAAAAGGGAACAUGCUCAUGCAUGGAUUACUGGUGAUUUUUCUACUGCUAUGACUGUAUUUAAUCCUACAUAAGGUGCAAGUGACAUUGGGCUAUCUUUAAUAAAAGUUGGAGAAUUUUUUGCAA